AUGCCUCCCGCGCUCAAGAGAUCAUUGAGUAGCACAAGCCGUUCCAUCAGUCCGCCGCCGAUCCGCAGGAAGAUUUCACCUGGACCUGGACCUGGCACUGGCACUGAACCGGCACACGUGGCAGACCACGUUCGAAUCUUCAGUUGGAAUGUCAACGGUGUCGGACCGUUACUGCAGAAACAGCUCUCCUUCAGUCCGGGCGGUCUCUCGCCGCUCAGAUUGUUCUUGAGACGCCAUCGCUGGCCUCAAUUCCUAUGUCUCCAAGAAGUCAAGAUAAGUGCCAAAGACACGGCUACUCAAAGACAACUGCUACACGCCGCAAAUCAAGGCCAUGGUUUGGACGAUCCUACUUACAACGUCCAUUUCUCCUUGCCCCGGGACAAAUACAAUGCCACGGGCUUCGGUGGAAAGGUACAGGGGGUUGCCACUCUUAUCCGAGAAGAUUUCGCUCCCCAAGUCCGGGUUACCCGCCGGCCCGAUUGGGAUUUGGAAGGACGAGUGCUGAUACACGAGCUGGAAGCUGAUGUGGUCGUGAUUAAUGGUUACUGGGUGAACGGUACAUCCAACCCCUAUCGCGACCCUCAAACAGGCCAGGUCGCCGGCACUAGGCACGACCACAAAUUACGCUUCCACCAGCGUAUGCUGGAGGAGGUUAUUCGGCUUCAAGAGCAAGGCCGCCAUGUUAUUCUCAUUGGGGACAUGAAUAUUGCUCCAGCAAGAAUCGACGGCUAUCCCAAUCUACGAACGUCGCCGCUGCAGCACGUUAAAAACCGGGCCGACUUCAAUGCCAAGUUCUUCACAGAUGAGAACGGCAUGCGUGGCAUUGAUAUUUUCAGACACAUCCAUGGCGACACCAGGAAGUACACCUACUAUCCCCGUGGGCCUCGCUGGGGUGAGAGCUGUGAUCGAGUCGACUUGAUUGUGGUGAGCCGCUCAUUGGUGGAAGAUGGCUGCAUCACUGGCACCGACAUAUGCGAUUCCCCUCUGGAUCGCGGACAUAGCGACCAUGUUCCACUCUGGAUAUCCGUUGACUUUGCUAAGCUACAAUCACGACAGCGCGCCGUCAAAUUUGAAGGCAGAACAGGUGUGAGGACGGACAGCCACUGA